AUAACGCUGCCUCUGCGGGAAAAUCGCCAACACAACAUGGCCGGUGGUCGACCUGGGGAUGGUCCGGUACCUGGCGGUUUUGACAACGAAAUUCGAUCAUGGGUGCCGCUGUCCCUGACCCACGUCGAGUACCCUGCCGGUGACUGGCUGGGGAAGACUUUAGCUUAUAUUUCCCUCUCACCAUUGGUGAUCUUGGUGUCAUUUGGAACGCUAGUCAUUUUCAGAAGAGAUUUGCACACGAUCACAUUCUUGUGUGGCACUCUACUCAGUGAGGCCAUAAACUUUGUACUUAAGCAUGUAAUUAAGGAAGCCAGACCAUACAAAGCUCGUGAUAACUUCACCGAGUUCGGCAUGCCAUCCAGUCAUUCUCAGCUCAUGUGGUUUGUGGCAACAUAUCUGGCUUUCUUUGUUAUUGUUCGGUUGCACCAUGGCAAUAGCAGUUGCCCUUGGGAGAACCUUUGGAAGUGUACUGUGAUAAUCUGCUGGUUCCUGCUGGCAGGAACUGUUUCAUACAGCAGAGUGUACCUGGAAUACCACACAUGGGCACAGGUGUGCUGGGGAGCUUUGAUAGGCUCUCUGCUUGCCUGCCUCUGGUUCUGCUUAACCCAGUUCAUACUCACACCGCUUUACCCCCGAAUUGUUUCCUGGCACCUCAGUGAAUUGCUGAUGCUGAGAGACACCACUCUGAUUCCUAAUGUGAUGUGGUUCGAGUACACCUCCUACAGAACUGAGUCGAGGACAAGGCAACGGAAGCUUGUGUCUAUGAAGUCUCAGUGACAUUGGGACACCCGCCUGCGCAGGCAUUCCUACACAAGUCAUCGGAAUGAAGGGAUGACAACACGACUAAGUCUUUUUCUGGGUGGUCUGGGGCGGAUGCGAAAGGUGCAAUGAGGACGUCUGUGAACAGAGGCGAGCAGAUCACUCCAUUUUUAAGUGUCAUGCUUGUGUAAGGAAGAAAUUAUAAUAAAAGGGUGGAUGGGCAGCAGCUACAUGUCCACUUCAUGUCAAAUGUGCCAGUGUGCGUGCAGAGUGCAGGUAUGAUAGACUUUGGGACAUUGCCUGCACUUGUUCCAUCAACAUGUGCAUACAUGGUUCGGCCCUCUCGUUAACCUGACGUCUCUUCAGAACCAUUGAUCCAACAAUGAUCUCCAUAUAUUUAAGACUGGUUGUGGCCAGGAAUAAAGCCAAGCCUUUUCAUCCAUCACCUCUGUGUGCGUGCGUCACUUUGGUUGUUUUAUCCUUCAACCACCUUUGUAUAACCUCCACGUUUUAAGGGAAGCUUCCUUUACUGAUUGAUAUGCUUAAAAGCAUGGCUCAGUAGUAUUCCUCCUGCAAAAAACUAGACUAACAGUAUGCUUGAUCUACUCUUUCAAACCGGCCUUAGUAUUUUGUAAAAAUUUGGGAAAGUGAGUAGUUUAUUUUACGUAAACCACUUUUGGAGAAGGUUGACAGCAUAAAUGAUGUAUUGUAAGUAAGCAUGAAUUUCUUAUUAUUGAUGUGUUGGGUAAUAAAAACAGGGAAAAGGAACAGGUUUGAUGUCGGAGCUAACAGCCUCACAUUACAGGUACGUCGCGGUGUUGGGACUUUUCACUGUGCUACCCAUUGUUGAUUCAAGAUUCUAACAUUCAAAAAGCAUUUGUCACAUGUCUGUGCUGUGUGUGCUUGAAGUGCCACUUUUGUAACCUACAAUGUUUACCAUGGUGUAAAGACAUUUAGGUUGUCCGAAAGGAAUUUUCUUUAACCCUUUAAGUGCCAAGAGAAGCUUUAAUAAUGCAGCAACAACUGUUCUCAUUUUGCAUUUACAGUUAUUUGUCAGUUAUAUUUAGUGUUUGUGGUUUACAGUGCCAUAAGUAGCAAAAGAUCAGUGCCCAAAGAAUGAAAAGUUAUGUGAAGUUGUUCUGCUGGUUGACACACAAAACAUUCUUGCAGAGCUAAUGGCACUGUCUUAGCAAACCAGCAAUACUUUGAAGGGACAAACAUGUGAAAAUGGUGCCAGAUCUGUAUGUAUGUAGUUGACAUUUUGUUUUUCACUUCACUGAGCUUUCACAUUGACUGUUUCAGUAUCUUCUAAUGGCUCACACUCUCCUCCUUAUUACGUUUAACACAGCAUAUCAAGGAAACCAGAGUCACUAUGAACAUUGUGAAGUUUUAUUAUAGCGCAAGUGCAUUUGAAGGCUUUCUGUCUGCAGCCACCAGCAGCAAUAGGCUUUUUUUGUAGCAAGGAAGUAUUCAUCACGUCCUUGACACAUGUUAAUAUGGCUGAAGGAAUGGCAUAAGCAUGAUGCUGCUAUGUGCUCAUACAAUUGGCUGCUAAGUGUGGAAAUCUGCAGUAAAACUCCUGGAAACGGACAAUGCACUUCUCUGUGAUUGUGCAGAGUAGUGAGUUUCUUUUCACGUGAGAGGCAAUGUAAUAGUCGCAUGCUGUUAUUAUUCUUGUCUACAAAAAAUUCUGAAGGGCUACACAAUAAAAAUGUUUUUUUUUUUUUUUAAGCUGGCACUUGAAGGGUUAAGAUCUAUGAGUAAUACAAAUGCUGUCAGAAAACAACAUGCAAGGUUUGAGAAACACAUCUGCUUAAUUUAAAGUUUUGAAUAACCCAACCUGUGGAAAAUACUUCCCUUUAUAUUUUAACCAGCUACCUUUGUUAAUUCAGCCUUUUAUCAUAAUGGUCACUAGAGGCUCCAGCAAUAUCUACUUUUGAAUAUCUACUUGACUGAAUCAAAUGUGGUGUACUUCUCCGCCACCAACUUCAGCAUUGCAUUAAGCUACAAUUUCUGACGUGUAAAAUUAACCGUGUACACAAUGUUGAGUGGACCACUCAGACAAGCAGAAAGUAUAUCAGACAUUGACUUGUGUGCAGUGUGGAACAAGUGUGUUACUGAACAUUGUCCUGUAUCUAUUGUACAGCAUUUCAAUGCAACCUUGUGUCAUCAGAGUUGGUAGCCACAAGUAGAUUCAUGAUAAAGUACCAUUUCAGGUGUUGCACCAGUAUAUUCUGGACCAUUUUCAUAAGUUGUUGCAUCUCUAACAGUCUGUUCUUGUACUCUGUUAUAUCAGAAUGAAUAUAGUUAAACCUCUCCAGUUUGGUUAUUGCUUGCAGUCCAAGCAUAACUUUGCAGUGUUGAAUGUGAAAGUGGACACAUUAGUUUCAUUUGACAAUUCUGUAUCAUACCAGUGCCAUUCAUUUCUGCAAAAUCAAAUUCGGUUUUUUAUUGCUGUUUUUCCUUAUGCCAGUCUAGACUAUACUAGGUCUUAAGCAAAAUGUUUAUUGAUUAGAAUUAAAUAUAUAUAUAUAUAUAUAUAUAGACAUACUGCCAAAAAUUUUUAUUCUCCCAAACAUAAUUUGCAUUAAAUCUAGGACGCACUCAUCCAUUGUACUAGUAGUACUUAAAACAGCAAGAGUGAAGACUGUUUGGCAUGAAGUGUAACAAAUGUGAACAAAAAGCAUGUCUGGAUGAGUGUAAUACCAUGCUUAAACAUUUGCUACUGAAAGUACGCAUAUUCUUCUGAUUCAAGAUGGAUGUAAUAGCAUUUUGCAAGUUAAAGGGACACUAAAGUCAAAUAACAAUUUACAUUAGAGUGAAAGCUCAAUGUAUGACAACAUCUAAAACGACAACAUUAUCAACAACAGUGCCCUACUUACUGAGAAAUAAAGUAAGUGCACAACAGCACAAGUGCCGCAGUAGGACAUUUUCAAAAUGAUCCUGAUGAAAUCAGACGGACCACCUACAAUUUAUCACUAGUAAUCGAUCUAACUGCACUAAAUAAAGAACCUUCCAUGCAUUAAGAGACGCAAUAAAAUGCUGCUUGUUCGUUUCUGCUUGAUUCAUGGCAAAAAGAAGCGCCAAACGUUACUAUGGGGAAUGGCGUGAGUGGUUCGAAAAUUCAAUUUUCGCAUGGUUAUACGGGACAGGUGGUGCCAUCUAGUGGGGCGCAGUUGAAACAAAACACAUCCACAAUCUCGAAGCGAAUGGCAGGAAAUUGAUCAAUGGCCGUUGUUGCUGCUGUGGCUACCGCUGCUUUCGGUCUUCUGCUACUAGAAGCCGGGCAACGUUGUGCACGGCAACAGUCACAUGAAUCGGUCCGGUCGGUUCGCUUCUUGGGGUGGGUAAUUUUAAGUGCGCUAAACCGAUGCGGACUACUAAAACGUAAUUUUAUUUCAAAAUAGGCCCUUCCUUGGCAUAAAAGUAGCACUACGAAGUUUCUGGGCCGCUAUUUCAACAAUCGUCGACUUAAUAGUUGCCUUUAGUGUUCCUUGAAGCAUAAACAUUGGGGUGUAAAGUUUCAAGGGUGCAAUAUUUUUUUUAACCUGCAGUCACACAGGAACAGAUUGUAGUGGACAUAUGGAUCAUUACAGUCUGUCACUGUGUUAGUUAAUAUAAAGCAUAAUCUAAUGCUUGGGGGGAAAUGCCACUACAUUUGUGGAUGUUUGUGGUCACUAUUAAGGUCCAAAGUUAAAGAAACUUUAAGGUUUCCCCGUCUGUUUUGAAGCGUCUACAAGCACACAUACAAGCUACUGCUUCUCGACAUUAAUGAUACGAGCCUAUUCAAAGAUUUUGUGGGCCCAGAACUACCAGGUAACAAAUGCCGUUGACCCCAUCAUUCUGGAGAUUUCUAUGCCGUCCAAUGACCAGUUCUCUUGUGUUCACUGUCGAUGCUGAUGUCUCGGGGUCAGUAACGAAAAAGAAGCAUGCUUCAGUUAGCAACAGGAACUUCAAAAUAUGCUUAUAUUUACUAAUUUAGUGUGAUGUCUGGCGAUCAGUAAGUGAAAAGAAGCAUGCUUUCUUGAUUGACACAAACUUUGUUAAGCGUGCUUGUAUUUAUUACAAUUAAUGGAGAUGCCCACAGUAACAAAUACAAGCACGUAGGCCUGUAUUUAAAUAGGUGCAGAUGUAUGUGGAAUUGUAUGCCUGUGCUUAUUGUAAAUAUUUCAUGUGAUUAAAGUUGCUUUCCGCAUUCUUGC